GCACCCUGAAAUGACGUCAGCCGUGCGUACACAUACAGCAGGGCCUACAGCCAGAGCUGCAGUCCGAGCAACGAUGGGAGGAAUAUAACGACCUUUUUUAUACGUUAUCAGGGAAUCUACAAAAAUGGAGGGGGGAAAUUUUGGCUACUCCCAAGACUAUCUUGACCGCUUUAUCCAAAGUCAAGACUCAUCUGUGGUGAACAAGUUCCAGCAGAAGUACUGGAAAACCAAACAGACGCUCAUUAAGGUCACAGGGAAGAAAGAGGACGAACAUGUGGUGGCGUCAGAUGCAGAUCUGGACGGCAAGCUGGAGGUGUUCCACUCCAUCCAAAGAACAUGCAUGGAGUUGCUUAAGGUCAUUGAGCAGUACCAGAGGAGGAUCUGCUUUCUUUCCCAAGAGGAGAAUGAGCUGGGUCGUUUCCUGCGCUCCCAGGGCUCGCAGGAUAAAACCAGGGCUGGAAAGAUAAUGCAGGCCACUGGGAAAGCACUCUGCUUCUCCUCCCAACAGAGAUUGGCUCUGAGGAACCCUCUGUGCCGUUUGUACCAGGAGGUCGAAACAUUUCGCUAUCGAGCGAUCUCAGACACGUGGCUGACAGUAAAUCGAAUGGAACAGUCCAGGACCGAAUACCGUGGAGCGCUGCUUUGGAUGAAGGACGUUUCUCAGGAGCUGGAUCCAGAUACUCAUAAACAGAUGGAGAAAUUUCGCAAGGUUCAGGCCCAGGUGCGCACUACCAAAACAGGCUUUGACAAACUGAAGAAUGAUGUCUGCCAGAAGGUUGACCUGCUGGGAGCCAGUCGCUGCAACCUCCUCUCUCACGUUUUAACCACAUACCAGACAACACUUCUGCACUUCUGGGAGAAGACAUCCCACACUAUGGCGGCCAUACAUGAGAGCUUCAAGGGAUGUCAGCAUUAUGAGUUCUCCACACUUAAGACCUUACAAGGCCCCUUGGGCAAGCUGGCUAAGAAGAAGGGAAGGAAGAAAAUUAAAGCAAAUGCCGCAGAUGGAAAGUUAGCCGAGAACACAGAGGACCAACUCAUCUCACUAGUAAAUGAAAGCACCAGUGAUAAGACCAGAGAAGGGAAUGGAGAUUAUCUCUCUGCCUAUCCAGAGUUAGAGGGAGAGGAAAAGGACAGCAUGGCCUUACUGAAUGAGAUCCUGGGCAGUAUGUCUGUGGAUGAGGACGACUUUUCUCGAGAGUGGACGGAUGUGUUCGGAGACAGCGAGGGGGGAACGAGCACGGCAUCGGCCGGACAAACGGAGCCUCAGCAAAAGGAAAACCCCUUCUUUCUACCAUCUCAGCUGUUGGACCAGAGCACAAAUAAUCUGCAUUCUUCCUUCUCAGAUUGGGCCGGGGUCAUUUCACAGCCUGUCGCCCAGGCAACAGAGCCCUCCUCUGGAACCAGUCAGAACCCUUCUAAGCCAGCAGUGAAAGAGAAAGCAGGGCUGCCCAAAGAUCUCUCAGCGUGGUUCAACCUAUUUGCCGACUUGGACCCCCUCUCCAAUCCCGAUGCGGUCGGCAAAACUGACACAGAGCACGAACUUCAAAAUGCAUAGGUGUUCCUUAGUGUCAUGGUGAUCUAAAAUUGGCAUAUUUGUAAAGCAGAAUAUACUGUAGCUGCCAGUGACCAGAGAACAAUCUGCUCACACACACACAC